CUUACAAUCUGAGCAGAAUGCCCCUCGCAAACUUCGCGACCCGCGACUUCGUCCACAAUUUAGUCCGCGCGCCGCGAAGUAGCACACGCACCUCAGCCCAUCGCUUCUGCCUCGAGGCCAUCAAACCAUAUCGUCAAGCGCGUUUACGACAAUUAUCUGCCGGGUGUACCUUUCACCUUCAACUUUUGUACCUGCCUAUCCAAUACGACCGACGGCAAGUCUCAACGUACCUGAAGCAGCUGCUAAAAGAGAAAAGAUGUCAAGUUUUACCUACCCAGUUUCCCCCUCCUAACUCGUUUCUUGUGCGCUCUUUUCCGUGUGCAGCAGCAUGCGUAGACUGUUGCCCUUCCUGUUCGCGGCAGCCUGUCUGUUGCUCGGCGCUGUCACGUUCUAUCUCUACCAAGAAGAGCUUUUUCGCCUGCCGCGACAGUUGUCGCUCCAGCACCAUGGCGAUGUUGGAGUCAUAGACUCAACGACACUGACAGUUCCUGGCGUUUCCCACCCUACAGCAACACCUACAUCCUCGUCCUCUAGCCAUGGAAACACCCAAUUCCAGAUCCUUUCCCCUGAGAAUGGAACGACGUAUCUCAAUGCUAUCCUUCACCCCAAGACGGCUGAUCUGCCGUCGUUGCGCUGUCCCGAGCUGAAUACAUCCCGAUACGAAUACCUUCGGCCGAGUCGCGUGGGCGCUGCCGUCUCUGGGAUUCGGUUCUUCUUUGCGCUCGACCUCCGACAAUGCCUUCCUCUCCUUCCAACACUCCUGGGUAGCGUGGUGGAAACAGUUCGCUUCUUGGGUCCAGAGAAUUGCGCAUUGUCCAUCGUUGAGGGGAACUCGGAGGAUGGCACCGGCGAGGUUUUGGCAGCUUUGCGCCAUGACUUGGAGGCCCUGGGUGCAACAUACUACUUCACGCGUUCCGAGAUCAACCCCAAGGAGGGAGAUCGCAUCAACAAGCUUGCAGAGCUUCGCAAUAUGGCACUCCAGCCGCUGCUCGGCAAGCCUGAGGCUGACAAAUACUCGGCAAAUGGAACAACAGUCAUCUUCCUCAACGAUGUCGCCAUUUGCACCGAGGAUAUCCUAGAGCUAGUGCAUCAACACCGUUUCCUGGGCGCCGACAUGGUGUGCGCAAUGGACUGGACCUAUGUCGGUGAAAACCCGACCUUUUACGAUGUGUGGAUCGCUCGAGGUAUGAACGGUGACUCGUUCUUUGAGAUUCCCCCCAGCGGUAGCUGGGAUUCGGCCUGGAAUCUGUUCUGGAACAACCCCUCAGCAAAGUCUCGGUUUCUUGCCCAUCAACCGUUCCAGGUGUUUUCGUGUUGGAAUGGAGCCGCCGUAUUCACCGGCACUCCGUUGAUAGACGGGACGAUGGCAUUCCGAUCUCCGAGUGAGGGUGAAUGCCACCAGGGAGAACCUCAGUUGUUUUGCAAGGACCUGUGGUUUUACGGAUACAGAAAGAUUGCUGUGGUUCCUACCGUCAACCUGGAAUACAGCACUGAGGAUGGGAAGAAGAUCAAGGACCUAAAGGGCUUCACCUCCCGUUGGGUAGGGGCGCCUGGACACGAGGACGAGAAGAUUGAGUGGCAGCUUGAUCCACCCGCAACCGUCAAGUGCAUGCCUGGAUGGGAGAACCAGUUUUUUGAGGCCUGGAACAAGACGCAACCAGGGACUUGA